AUGGAUGCCGAUGUCGAUGCGAUCGACAUCGAUGAUGAUGACGAGGAGGCUGGUAUAUUUAGCAACGCCAUUGACUGCCAAAGCGUGGAAGAAGACGCCCUCACUGGUGAAGACAAAGUUCUUUCAGCAGUGCACGCGAUGCGCACUGCUGUCGACAAGAAUAUUUAG